GCCUCCCCGGCCCCGCCGCUCCUCGCGGCCUCCGCGUCUUCCUUCCGGGUCGCGCUAGGCCGGGCUUGCGGCGGUUGUGCCGCAGCCAGAGAGUCGGGGAACCGCCCCCGCACCCAGGCCUUCUCGCGCUGCCUGGUCGCUCGUGAAGCCCGCGGCGCGCGCCUCUCCCGGACCCUGCAGGGUAAAAGAAUGUUACAUGUCAGCAUUUGUACCUGAAGUCAGCAUGCAAAUUUCAGGGUACAUGGAUGAAUGCCAACUUUUGCAUUUCCCAUGUGUAUCCUGUGACCAUUCUAUCUGGGCGCCGAGCCAGGACAGCUACAAGAGGAGAAAUGAUGAACAGCCAUAGAACUAUAGAAUCAAACAGCCGGCCUUCCCCUCUCAAUGCAGAGGUAGUCCAGUAUGCCAAAGAAGUAGUGGAUUUCAGUUCCCAUUAUGGAAGUGAGAAUAGUAUGUCCUAUACUAUGUGGAAUUUGGCUGGUGUACCAAAUGUAUUCCCAAGUUCUGGUGACUUUACUCAGACAGCUGUGUUUCGAACUUAUGGGACAUGGUGGGAUCAGUGUCCUAGUGCUUCCUUGCCAUUCAAGAGGACGCCACCUAAUUUUCAGAGCCAGGACUAUGUGGAACUUGCUUUUGAACAACAGGUGUAUCCUACAGCUGUUCAUGUUCUAGAAACCUAUCAUCCCGGAGCAGUCAUUAGAAUUCUCGCUUGUUCUGCAAAUCCUUAUUCCCCAAAUCCACCAGCUGAAGUAAGAUGGGAGAUUCUUUGGUCAGAGAGACCUACGAAGGUGAAUGCUUCCCAAGCUCGCCAGUUUAAACCUUGUAUUAAGCAGAUAAAUUUCCCCACAAAUCUUAUACGACUGGAAGUAAAUAGUUCUCUUCUGGAUUAUUACACUGAAUUAGAUGCAGUUGUGCUACAUGGUGUGAAGGACAAGCCAGUGCUUUCUCUCAAGACUUCACUUAUUGACAUGAAUGAUAUAGAAGAUGAUGCCUAUGAAGAAAAGGAUGGUUGUGGAAUGGACAGUCUUAACAAACAGUUUAGCAGUGCUGUCCUCAGGGAAGGGCCAAAUAAUGGGUAUUUUGAUAAACUACCUUAUGAGCUUAUUCAACUGAUUCUGAAUCAUCUUACACUACCAGACCUGUGUAGAUUAGCACAGACUUGCAAACUACUGAGCCAGCAUUGCUGUGAUCCUCUGCAAUACAUCCACCUUAAUCUGCAACCAUACUGGGCAAAACUAGAUGACACUUCUCUGGAAUUUCUACAGUCUCGAUGCACUCUUGUCCAGUGGCUUAAUUUAUCUUGGACUGGCAAUAGAGGCUUCAUCUCUGUUGCAGGAUUUAGCAGGUUUCUGAAGGUUUGUGGAUCUGAAUUAGUACGCCUUGAAUUAUCUUGCAGCCACUUUCUUAAUGAAACUUCCUUAGAAGUUAUUUCUGAGAUGUGUCCAAAUCUACAGGCCUUAAAUCUCUCCUCCUGUGAUAAGCUACCACCUCAAGCUUUCAACCACAUUUCCAAGUUAUGCAGCCUUAAACGACUUGUUCUCUAUCGAACAAAAGUAGAGCAAACAGCACUGCUCAGCAUUUUGAACUUCUGUUCAGAGCUUCAGCACCUCAGUUUGGGCAGUUGUGUCAUGAUUGAAGACUAUGAUGUGAUAGCUAGCAUGAUAGGAGCCAAGUGUAAAAAACUCCGGACCCUGGAUCUGUGGAGAUGUAAGAAUAUUACUGAGAAUGGAAUAGCAGAACUGGCUUCUGGGUGUCCACUUCUGGAGGAACUUGACCUUGGCUGGUGCCCAACUCUGCAGAGCAGUACCGGGUGCUUCACCAGACUGGCACGCCAGCUCCCAAAUUUGCAAAAACUCUUUCUUACAGCUAACAGAUCUGUAUGUGACACAGACAUUGAAGAAUUGGCAUGUAAUUGUACCAGGUUACAGCAGCUGGACAUAUUAGGAACAAGAAUGGUAAGUCCGGCAUCCUUAAGAAAACUCCUGGAAUCUUGUAAAGAUCUUUCUUUACUUGAUGUGUCCUUCUGUUCGCAGAUUGAUAACAGAGCUGUGCUAGAACUGAAUGCAAGCUUUCCAAAAGUGUUCAUAAAAAAGAGCUUUACUCAGUGACUUAAUAUAUGUUCUGUAUUAAAAUUAUGUGCUUUGUUGGGGUUUAAAUUUGGGAUGGGUUUUGGGUUUUGUUUUUAGUUGUUUUAAUGGUAAGAAUUAAGACAUUUGUAGAUUUUAAAGAAAAAUAUGAAAUUGUCCAUUAAAUCAAGUAAAAAUGUGCACAAAUGUUUUCAUAAAAUACUGCAAGCACUUCUCUUCAAGAAUAUGAGUGGAUGAUAUUAUUUUUACCUUAUGUUAAUCAGUGAUAUGCUUUAGUCAAUAAUAUGAUUGAUAAAAGAAUAACAUGGAAACAUGCUAACUUAUUUUCAAAGGAACACUGAGCAAUAAAGUAUCGUGGCAUUUAUGCAAAAAAAA